UUCUUUGCUUUUCCCUCAUUUUCCUUUUAAUCGACGGCUUUUUAAGUGGUUUAAAACAUAGUAUAAUUUUUCACUGGUAGUGCUUAAACCCAUUCACGAAUGCAGGUUCAUUCAUAUCACUGGUCGUUUCUAGCUUCUAGUUGUACUGAUCUAGAAAUUUUUGGUGAUGGGUUUAAUUUAAAACUGAUGAUAUUAAUUGGGAGUGGUUAGGAUUCAUGGUUCAAUUAUUGGGGCACGCUGGAGUCAAUGUCAAAAGGGCAAUUUCUUCUGCAGAUGAAUUGUUAGAAAAGUCGUGUUCCGUAUACUUGCUCACUUCCAUUGGCUUUCUGGUGAUGCUGAUACUACGAAUCUAGUUACGAUAGGAGAGUUUGAGUUCCAAGGUUAGAUAGUUGGGCAUAGGUCUUUCUCGUGUCUUGUAUUAUUGGCAGAACGAGAAUUUGAUUGGAAAUGCCACAGUCCUGUUUGAUAUUGCUUUUGGUGAUGGGAACAGUUGCUAUUGAACAAUGGGCUUCCGUGGAAAGGAGAUAUAGCAUGUGAAUGUGUGUCAUUGUAAUGUGGGGUUCGGAGAAAUGGAAACUUCAAGUUUUCUAAAGUUGCUUGAAUGUACAUUCAAUUCACAUUGUUUGGGAGACUUGCUGAAGAUGGAGUUUUAAGUCAAGUUCAAUGUUUUAGCUAAUGAGUUGUGUCAUGUGUGAAGUCAGCAUCCUUGUGAAACCUAGUGAUCCAUGGAUUUGACAUAAGGUCCAAUACCAAAUGCUCCACGCUUCCUUGAUAACAUAAAAUUCAUUUGCCUAAGGUUCCUUUUGGCAGCCAGUCCCUUUGCAGGCUUAUGGGCUGCACACAUAUGCCACAUGAUGAAAUUAAGCUUUGGAAGGUAGUUGUAGCUGUGCAGGGUGGCAAAAUGAAUUUUUAUGGUGAUUAUUGAUUUUUAAGAUUGUUUAAGUGGUGAAAUUAAGCUUUGGAAGGUAGUUGUACAGGGUGGUAAAAUAAAUUUUUAUGGUGAUUAUUGAUUUUAAGAUGAGAGACCAUCUUCGCAUUAGUGGAUUAUUAUGAUUCUUUUUUUUCUUUUUUUUUGGGAAUUUUGAUAUCCCUAACCACUCUCCAUAGUUUAGGCAUCGUAUUUAGUUUAUUUGGGAUAUAUGAAGCUAGUGGUUGGUUCUAGGAAGGACCAUAUGAAUAUUUCCAAGGAAAAAUACGUAUCUGUUAGGUAGUGUGGAAACUAUUUCAUUGGCUCAGGUCAAAGCUGACUGUUUAAACUUUAAAGCAUCCAUGGAGGUCAUGGCCCAAGAACCUUUACAAUUAAAAAAAAAAAAAAAGGUGAAACGUUGACAUGGACAGCUAGCGUAACCAGUCUGAUUUCAUAUUUGUUUGCUUAUUGGAAUUUGGAGCUAUUGCAGAAAAUUCUUUUUGAGUCCACAUCCAGCUUGAGAAAGGCCCAUUACUUGCACACUCUUGGCUGUGAUAACCACAUUCAAGUAUAUAUAAGCCUGUUCAAUACUGAGACGUUCAGCAUAUCUUUAUACUGAAAAUUGUGGAGGAUUUUGAUAUUGAAGCAAGACCUUGAAAUAAAUUAUGUAUCAUGCUCAACUUUCCUUGUGCAUUAACAUGCCUUAUUCAAUUUCUCUGCAACCUCAAAUGAUUCAGACCAACUUGGCGCCUCAAAAUGGGAGGAGAGUUGGUCAUGGCACAAAAGUCCCACGCAAUAUCAAUAUGGAGCGUCUGCGAAAUGGAUAUUUGUUUUCUGAGAUAUGCAGACGUGAGCUUGAACACACUCAGAAGUACCCACAUGCAAAGUUGAUAAAACUUGGAAUUGGUGAUACGACAGAGCCUAUACCGGACAUUAUUACAUCAGCUAUGGCUGAGCAUGCACAUGCUUUAUCAACUAUUAGAGGUUAUAGAGGGUAUGGAGCUGAGCAAGGCAACAUGGAAUUAAGGAAUGCAAUUGCACAAACAUUCUACAGAGAUAUGGGUAUCAAAGCAAAUGAGGUUUUUGUAUCAGAUGGGGCGCAAUGUGAUAUUUCUCGUAUCCAGAUGCUUCUGGGAUCCAAUGUAACAGUGGCUGUGCAGGAUCCAUCUUUUCCGGCAUAUAUGGAUUCCAGUGUUAUAAUUGGUCAAUCUGGAAACUUCAAAGAGGAGACCGGGAAGUAUGAGAACAUUUUGUACAUGAACUGUGGACCUGAGAGUAAUUUUUUUCCAGACCUGUCAAAUACUCCAAGGACAGAUAUAAUUUUCUUAUGCUCUCCAAACAAUCCAACUGGUCAUGCUGCAUCCCGGCAGCAAUUGGAGCAACUGGUGGAGUUUGCAAAAGCAAAUGGAUCAAUUAUUAUACACGAUUCUGCAUAUGCUGCUUAUAUAACAGAUGAGAGCCCAAGAUCAAUCUUUGAAAUUCCUGGUGGCAGAGAGGUUGCAAUUGAAAUAUCAUCGUUCUCCAAAUUUGCUGGGUUCACGGGUGUUCGCCUUGGUUGGACAGUGGUUCCUGAAGAGCUGUUAUAUUCAAAUGGGUUUCCAGUCAUAAAGGACUAUAAUCGCAUUGUGUGCACCUGUUUCAAUGGUGCAUCCAGCAUAGCUCAGGCUGGUGGUCUAGCAUGCCUUUCCUCAGAUGGUUACCUGGCCAUGAACGCAGUCCUUGAUUACUACAAGGAGAAUGCCAAAAUAAUCAUGGACACAUUUACAUCACUUGGAUUGAAGGUACAUGGGGGCAAAAAUGCACCAUACAUGUGGGUUCAUUUUCCAGGCUUAAGAUCUUGGGAUGUAUUCAAUGAGAUUCUGGAGAAAACGCACAUAAUAACUGUUCCUGGAACGGGAUUUGGUCCUGGUGGUGAAGGGUACAUUAGAGUGAGCGCAUUUGGGCAGAGAGAGUCUGUAAUUGAAGCUUCAAGGAGGCUGAAAAAUCUUUUGAAAUAAAGUUAUUCUGCAGUUGUCUUUACAUCAAAUUGAAAUCUUGAGUUUGGCCAGUUCAAAUUGAAUUGCUACUCUUUUCUUUGGAGGGCUGGAAAAACCGUGCAUGUAUGGAGUCUCAAAUGAUUUCCAAUCACUUGAGAACUUUGGCAUAUUGAAUAAAUGGAAUUUUCAGAGACUUGAUACAUUCAUACUCCAAUACAGUGUAGGAAUGACUUAACACGCACAAUUGUGGAAUUGCUUAAAAGGACUGUAAUUUUAUCUAUUAGGUUCUCUGAGAAAGGGUUUGACAACCAUACCUAAUCAAUCAUCCCUGAAGAAUAUUUUCCAUAAACAUCUGCUUAUGAUGUGGUAUGGAGUUGAGAACAGGGCGACACUCUUCGCAGCUCUGGUGAUUAGGUGGUGUACAAGCCUCCGGUCAAAGAUUGGUUGGUGGGGAGAAGGUGGGUGAGAAAGCGGCCGGCAGAGGGUUGUGGACAGUUAUCAGAUAAGCCUUAAUAUAUAUAUACAGAUUUAUUCUUUGUUGAAACUUUUUAGGAUGUACCGACAAAAGUGUAUGUAAAAGCAAAAGCAAAAUCUGCAAACCAGAAAAAGGCGAUCAUCACGAGAGGAGGACUCUCACGUGUAUUUCUACAUUGCCGAAUUGACUUCCCUUAUUAUAUAUUUAAACAGUAGGCCACCGUGCGGACGCGUAGGCUUAGCAUCUCCAUGGUCAAGCCACCGCCACCACCGGGCCCACCACAACUGCAUCGCUGUUCAAACUUGCAGUGCUAGCCGUCCAUAAGCCCAUCUAUAUAUUCACCUUCCAAUUCUCGUGGCUGCCUCAGUGAUCUAGACGGUAGCUCCAAUUCACCCUACUCCGCAACUUAAUUAGCGACACACCGUAUCACAACAAACGCACCUCCUUGUAAUUCUGGGCCAUGGCAACUGCGGGAGGUAUGCUAGCUGAAGCUUACGUGAUGAGAAAGCUUCACAAGGAGAAGAUGAAGGCAAAAGCUCAAGAUGAAGAACCUGAAACAGGGAGCCUUGUUGCUCAGCAAACCAAAACUUCCUCCACCGGUGCUUGUUUCUUGGGGAUAUGCUUGAGGAAGAAGGUCCAUCCCAAUUUCGAUGGAAAACGAACAAGCCCCUGUGAUUCUGGGAUCAUCUAAGGCAGCCCAUUGCAUCUGCAGUGUCUCUGUUAUUUCCUCUGUAACAUUCAUCAUAUUUGUGCCCUCUUUUUUUUCUCUUUUGGUUUCAUUCAUUUGUAAUCGAAAUUAAUUCAGUUUGUUUCAAAAUACCACAUUAUUCUUUUCAUUCCCUUUUUCAUGGAGGAUUUCGAUUUUCCUAUGAAUGAUUUUGGUUGUGAUUCUUCAUGAAAAAAAAUAUAUAUAUAUAUCAGUGUUGAAGUUUA